AUGGCUCCAACUACUAAAGCUCAAAGUGCUAAAAAAGCUGCCUUAAAAGGUACCAAUGCUAAAAAAUCAUUAAAAGUUAGAACUAACGCUUCUUUCAGAUUACCAAAAACUUUAAAAUUAGCUAGAUCUCCAAAAUAUGUUAGAAAAUCAGUUCCUCACUACGAAAGAAUGGAUGCUUACAAGAUCAUCGUUUCCCCAAUUGCUUCAGAAACCGCUAUGAAAAAAGUUGAAGAUGGUAACACUUUAGUCUUCCAAGUUGAUAUCAAAGCUAACAAACACCAAAUCAAAAAAGCUGUUAAACAAUUAUACGAAGUUGAAGUUGAUCACAUUAAUACUUUAAUUAGACCAAAUGGUACCAAAAAAGCUUACAUCAGAUUAACCUCUGAUUUCGAUGCUUUAGAUAUUGCUAAUAGAAUUGGUUACAUUUAA